AGCUCUAGUAGCAUGGAAGGGGAGGAUCUAGGUGCAUGGCUUGGUCUUGGGAUUGGCGGCGGCUGCGCAUACGGCGGCGACCGGUCGCCGGUGCAGCUGUUCUCGCAGCAUGUUAAGGAGGAGACGACGGCGAGGGGAUGUGAACGAGCUUCUGGGAGCAGGCUCAAGGGAGAGAAAGGUGCGAGGCUGAGGAUGGUGAUGAGGAACGGCGGCGAUGGUAGCCGCUCGCGUGGUGGCCUGAGUCUCAGCGACGGCGGCGGCAGCGGCAGCGGCAGCGGUAGCGAUGGCGGCGGCACGAGGAAGAAGCUGCAGCUCACCAAGGAGCAGACAACCUUGCUUGAGGACAGCUUCCGUGUCCACAACAUUCUUUCUCAUGCUCAGAAGCACGAGCUCGCACGGCAGCUGAAACUGAAGCCGAGACAGGUCGAGGUGUGGUUCCAAAACAGAAGAGCCAGAACGAAGCUGAAGCAGACGGAGGUGGACUGCGAGCUCCUGAAGCGAUGCUGCGAGAGCCUGACCGACGAGAACCAGCGGCUCAAGCACGAGCUCAUGGAGCUACAGAGGCUAGCUUCGGCGGCGGCGGCCGCCGGCUCACAGCUCUACGUCCAGUUCCCGAGGGCGGCGAUGGUGAACGUCUGCCCGUCCUGCGAGAAGGUCACCGAGAUGGCCAAGAGCUCCUCCAGCUAUAGCUCUUAAUUAAUUAAUCAAUUAAUUAGCUAGAACAUAUAUAAUUUUCGAUGCUACUUAGAUUAAUUACUCGAAGUUUGAACACAACGCCUGAAGAAUGCAUGGUUGAUGCGAUGAUCAGCAUCGAUCCUUUAGAUUGGAAGCUUCAGGUUAUCGAUCGACUUCGUGUAGAUCAAUCAACUAGGUGUGUGCCAAAUAACUUGAUUUGACGCCCUUAUGUAAUUAAGGUUUUUAUGAGUAUAUAUCGGACUUGUUGCUGCAAUUGAUCAGUUAUAAACAGAUGAGGAGCUUUGGAGAAGGUAACAAGCUCUGUCAGAUGAGAGAAUGUUA